CCGCCCGUCUGCCUGUCCAUCCCCAUCUACCAUUCCAACCCGUAAACCCCAUGUCUUGCCUCCCCUUCGCUCUCUCUUUCUCCAUAUCUGCCCCCAGCUCUGUCUGACCUCCAUAACUCUCCCUUCUCUCUCUCUCUCUUCCAAAUCAACAUAAAACCUUCCCACAUCUCUCCUUCCUCCAGAGAGAAAAGGAAUGGCUACUUCCACUCCCAGCUCUGCGACCUCCCCAUCAUCCCUCGACUCCCGCCCCCUUCUCUUCCGCCAUAACCCAUCCACCAAUGGAAAUGGUAAUGGAAACGGAGGGGCCAGCAGUCAACUGGCCCUCCUCAUAGGCCGCGCCACGGGUCGCCAGAGUCUUCGCGAGCCAUCAGUCGCGGUGCGCGAGGCUGCUGCUCUCCAGCUCGAGGAGCGUCGUGCAGACUGGGGCUACUCGAAGCCGGUUGUUGCUUUGGACAUAGCCUGGAAUUUGGUGUUUUUUGCGGCCUCUGUGGCGAUACUUGCGUCUUCAACUCACGAGAAUCCUCCUACUCCUGUGAGGCUUUGGAUCUGUGGGUAUGCUCUGCAAUGUCUGCUACAUGUAAUUUUUGUGUGGGCUGAGUUUAGGCGCCGGGAGCGGCGCAGGCUCCCCGAGUCUGUGGCUGCACCUGCAGGGGGGGCAGUAGAUUCAGGGGAGGACGAGAGCGGUGAGGAUGAGGUGGCAGGUGGAGGUGGUGGGUUCCACCGCACUGGUUCUCGGAUCAGCAUUGCCAAGCGUUUCGAGUCUAUCAAUACAAUGGUUUCCUUCUUCUGGUGGAUCGUUGGUUUCUACUGGGUUGUUGCAGGAGGUGAGGCUCUUAUGCACAAUGCUCCUCGGCUUUACUGGUUGGCUGUUGUUUUUCUGGCAUUUGAUGUUCUCUUUGCAAUCUUUUGCGUUGCCUUGGCUUGUAUCAUUGGAAUUGCCCUAUGCUGUUGCUUGCCUUGCAUUAUUGCAAUCCUUUAUGCAGUGGCUGGACAGGAAGGUGCAUCAGAUGCCGAUAUCAACAUCCUGCCUAGAUACAGGUUCUCUCAAGCUGGAAGCCCAGAAAAGCCCAUCACAGGCUCAGGGACCAUGACAGCCCUCGCAAAUGCAACAGAUGAGCGGGUUAUUUCAUCAGAUGAAGCGGAGUGUUGUAUAUGCCUCUCGCCAUAUGAAGAUGGUGUUGAAAUUAAUGCUCUCCCUUGCAACCACCAUUUCCAUUCCACUUGCAUUGUUAAGUGGCUGCGGAUCAAUGCAACGUGUCCGCUCUGUAAGUACAAUAUUCUCAAGGGUGAUGAGCAGGUGUAAUAUUUAUUACAGCAAUUGGAUUUUGUACUCCUAUGUAUGUAUAUAGCAUGAACAUAACAGGAUUAGGUGGGUGUUAUGGCUUACCUGGUUUGCUGGUCGGUGAUAUCAAGUUGAUAUAAAUUUGUUGUGAAAAUUGAAAAGUUAGUUGAUUUCCUUGGCAUGCUAAAGCCCUGAAUGAAGCAUGAGUUACAAGUUUUGUCAUGAAGCCAUUCAAUGAAUUGGACUUUUUGAUGCUCACAAUUUUGAUGGUGUGGAGGAUUGCUGUGGAUAUUGACAAAAUUGUGUACAUAAGAUGAGGAGAUUGGCUAAUAUAAAAAAAAAGUCUUUUACCUA